CGUCUCUAUGUUUUAUCUAAGGUCAUUCCACCUUUUACUAUUGACAUAAGAAAAUAUUACAAGAAACCCCAAGUUGUCAAAUUACAAUAUGUCUGAUUCCAAGAAAGGCGGCGAUCUCUUCGACAUGGCCAAGGACGGCACAUCCAUCCCUGGCGAUGCUGGGAAGCAAAACACCAUCAAGUCCGUCCCCAACCCUCAUCAGCGUGACGGUGAGGCCGCAGGCGGUCUCGGCUCAUCCGACCUGGCUGGUGCAGCCGACAACGCUGUCCUUUCAGCUUCAGAAGGUCGAGAAUUUGGCGUUGGUGAGGGGAUCAGCGCGACUGGUCAUGAUAUUCCCCAGUCUGUAACUGGAAAGCCUGGUGGUCGUGGGGGUACUCAGGGCAAGGAGGAGAUCAGAAGAGAUACGGGUGCUUUUGCGAAUAGGGAGAAUUAGUCCGACACAAUGACAUACGGAAACUAUUCUCAAGAAACUCUUUGCAAGCGAGUGACUCAUAUAAAUAGCUGGUGUUGCUUCUUCCCUGGUCAGACGGCUGUAGUCGAUCUGGCUAUGAAAUCUUGGCUCCCUAUGAUCUACAUGGUAGCAACGGCAACAUGAGCCUGGAACAUGAUCUUGUUCUUCUCAUCCUCAAGCUCCUCAUACCCCUCUGUCUGAGUCAGCGCCUCCAUGACUGCAUCAACAGCUACAUCCCAGUUCUCCUCAUCCGACUUAAGCCAUCCCGCCUUGGAAGUACCUCCGAUAAAGCUCCAUAUCAUUAUCGCAAAACGUUUAAGAUCCCCAACAGUGACAUGAACAUCCUUCUGCAUAAACUUCACCUUUUCUGGCUUGAACCCCCCUUUGAUGAUAACAUCCAGCAAAAAGUCUUUGUCUUCCCAUUUAUCUAGUCCUUCGCGGGGCAGAGGCGUCCCAGCAGGUCGGGUCUUUUUCGCUGCUGUAUGAAUCGCGGGAAUAGUGGGAGUAUGAGCCCAUGAGUUGAGAAUGGCAACACCGCCGGGUUUCAAGGUGCGGUGUAUCUCUUUGAUCGCGUCUACGCCGUCAUUCUCAAGAACGAAUAGCAGCGCAUUGCCAAUGCAGUGAGUAAACGUCUUAUCAGGGAAAUCGAGUUUCGACGCGUCCAUCUUGAGAGCCUCGGCAGGCCAUUUAUUUGCAGCUAUGUUUUGUCGAUAUAAUCCCAAGACGUCCUCGUUAAUGUCGGUGCCUUUGAUGACAAUAUUGUCUUGCUUCAGACUCAUGAUCGCUUCGGUACCUGCUCCUAGACCGCAACCGACAUCGUGAAAGAUGACUUCGGAGUGACCGAAGGGCUCAGUGCAGGACAGAGACGCAGCAGCAAGACGUUCCAUCCCAUCACCGACAAUCUCACCGUAGAGCUCUGGUGUAGGUGUCAAGGCCUGCUUGGGCGAGAAAGUUCGGUCGGACUCUGGAGCAUUCAUGAUGUGACUGAUGAGAGUAGUAACGAGUUCUGGGAUGAGUUUAUUUCUAUGGUCAGUAGAUUCAAGUACAUACGCUAUAGGCAGUAAAGCUUAUGAUAUAUAACAAUAUCCAAUGUGUCCGCGAUGUAUCCGCUUACGGCCUUGCAGAAUCAUUUAAGUUUCCGAUAUCUCAUCAUCUGAGUAAACAAUCCUGCUGCUUCAUCUCCAUAAGAUGUACGGCUUGAUCUUGACUGGUGUAAUAUCGUUUUGUAUAAAGAUAAGUAAGUUCCUCCCACAUGAGCUCUAU